GUAUAGAGAGAGAGAGAGAGAGAGAGAGAGAGAGAGAGAGAGAGAGAGAGAGAUGUCUCUGGUUGAUUAUGCUUCAUCAUCCGAAGAAGACGAGUCAGAAGUCAGAGAAGAAGAAGAAGAACAAGGAGGAGGAGGAGGAGGAAGAGAAGCGAAAGAAUUAGAAGAACGAAAAGAAGAACCCUCGUCUUCAAUGGUUAAUUUUCAUAACCAGAGAUCAAUAGCCACUUCACACCAAUUGCCAGAUAGUGCUACACAUUUACCAGCACUUUUUGAGAAACUCCCAGAUGCAUCACUACUCCUCAGUUCACCUCCUCUCUCAUCUCACCAAAUGAGUAGCACUGACCACUACUCCAGAGUUGCGGCUGCUAUGGCAGAAAGUGCAUCACGAAAGAGAGAAGUUAAUGGGUCAGCUUCUUCUUAUCCCCGAAAUAAACUUCCAAGAGGGAACUUGCCUCAUUCAAGGAAUGUUCCGGAUACUGUUGGUGGCCUUCUAAUCCCACCUCAGCUUAGUGGAAGGAGCAAUGUUGUUACAGAAGAUAUAAGCAAGCUCUUUGCACAAGGACAUUAGACACUCUUGAUGCUUUUCAUACUGGAACAUCUCCUUUGUUAACAGCAGAUUAUUUUAACAUGUGAUAUUGUUGUAUCAACAGUUAUUAACAUCUGACAAACAUGUGCAUAUAUGAUAGUAGCAUCUGUAGAACUUUAUGAGAGUCCUAUCAUCUUCAUUUCGAAUGUAGAUUCUCUGUUAUAUCAUCAUUUCCUAAUGUGGAUGUGGGUUGUUUUGGUUGCA